CCUCGGCAGCGUGUCCUCCCUUCCCCCGGAACCGGCCGCCGAGCAACAUGGCGCCGCAGCGCCCUCAGUAAACAUGGUGCCCGCUCCGCUCCUUCCUCCUUCCCCCCCGGUCACGGGACCUCGGCGGCUGCGCCGCCCGCUCCGCGAUGGCGGCUCCCUGCGCGGUGUGGCUCGGGGACCCGGUGGAGCGGGUGCCGUGCCCCUACGACGUCCAUCACCGCGUCCCCCGGGCGUCGCUGGAGAGGCAUGCCGCGUCCUGCCGGCUCCGUAAGAUGGGAUACUCCGCCGAGGAGGAGGCGGAGAUGUACGACUCCAGCUUUUUCUACGAAAACCUGAAGGUUCCCAGCGUGGCCAUGGAUAAAGAUCUACAGUUUCACAUCGUUAAGCAAGCUAGAGCUCAAAGUGUGAAAGAAGGUACGGGCUACAGCGAAGGAUCGUACUCAUUACUGCCUGUAGAAGUUCCUCAAAAUCACAAGCGUUUCACCUGUGACCUGACUCAAGCUGAUCGCCUUGCUCUUUAUGAUUACGUUGUUGAGGAAACAAAGAAACAGAGGUCUAGAUCCCAAAUCACGGAAAAUGACAGUGAUCUCUUUGUGGAUUUAGCAGCAAAAAUCACCCAAGAUGAUAGUCAGAAAGGUCCGAAGUCCCAUCUUGAAAUUCUGGCUGAAAUGCGAGACUACAAAAGGCGGCGGCAGUCAUACAGGGCUAAGAAUGUUCAUAUAACAAAGAAGUCUUACACUGAGGUGAUUCGGGAUGUGAUUGGUGUGCAUAUGGAAGAACUCAGCAAUCACUGGCAGGAGGAAAAUAGGUUGGAUAAUGCAGAGAUAUGUGAAGGAGGAAAGUCAAAAUCUUCAGGAAGAAAGGAAGACAGGCGGUCAGCUUCAGUGGACUCACGGCAGUCUGCAGGAAGCUGUAAGGAUACUGAACGCACCAGACACAGGAGAGAGACCAGCAGGAGUCCAAAUAAACGAAAAAGGAGUCGUGAAAGAGGCAAAGACAGAGAUUCUCGGAGAAAAAGAGAAAGGGAUGAAGACAAGUAUCACAGCCACAAAAGAAGAAAGUAGAAACAAGAACCUGAUUAUUUUGUUUGUCAGCUAUUCAAAAAAAGACUUGCACAGGAGCUGCCAUUACUGCUGUUGUGCCAGGGAGAGUAACACCGUGUGCAAAAUAUUGGUGUCGCAUCAGAGCUGUGCUUGGAGACAGAAAUGAAAUAGUGUUGAGAUUUGUCAGGAUGGAAGCUGUAUAUAUCAGAGAACGUGUACAUCUGUAACAUUAGUGCAUCUGUUAAUAAAUUAUAUUGAUCUCUCUCA